AUGGGUGCAACUCCUGUCAAUCCAUUUGUUGAUGUGGACGAGAUACUACCCAUCCAAUCCACUUCUUCACCGCGCCCCCCUGUGUCAGAUGCAACCCCUGCUUUCCUUUCAUAUGGGUCCUCAAGAUCGAUCAACAGCUGGGAUGACCAACCUCCGCCGUAUCCAUAUGGUACACCUUGUUUCUCCACCAUAAGUCUUCCUCACUCCAGUAGCGAGUCGCUUCCCCUCCGCCAGGGCGCGGCCAAGCGUGACCGAAGAAAUCUAGCUUUCCGAGGCUUCUCAACCACGAAGCGUAAGACCUUCAGUCAUGUUCACCCGAGGACGAUAUGGCAGAUGAUCGAUACUCGCGAGGUAUUCUGGCCAUUCACUUGGAAGAAGUACAUUAUCCUCUUCGCUGUGGCAGCGCUUGCCGUCGGAGUUGCGAUUUCAGAUCACUAUUUCGGCUGGAUCAAAAAGUCCAUGGAGGUAACGAGGAGCAACAUGCUGCCAGUCCUCAUCAUCGUCCUUGGUCUCGAACCGAUCAUGAUCACCAUCAUCUUGCUGGUAGCCCGGGUACCUCCUCUUCACCCUCCUGUUGGUCCGCCUGUCGAAGGGGCUGCUCCAGACGUCGAACUCGACGUGGAAAAGGCCAUUUUCAUCGUCGAAGCUACACCAGAACAUCGGACUGCACUCGUAAUGCCAUGUCACAACAGCGACCACGAAGCCACUAGCAAGGUUCUCAAGAGCGCUUUCGUCCACUUCCGACCACAAGACAUCUUCGUCGUCGAUAAUGGUCGCACCAGACACCCUACCUCCCCCGAGUUCCGCAACUUCAUCCGAAGCGAGCACCCUGAUAUCAACUACAUCUGGUCUCCCAUUGGUAGUAAGAACGCUGCACAACUCGUUGGUGCAAUCGCUGCGAAGGACUAUGACUGGAUCAUGACAGUGGACGACGAUGUCUCCAUCCCAGCAACAUUUCGUCCCCCAAUCACCAAGAUGGAUGACAUUACAAAGGGUUGUGUCUUCCCUCUCAAGGCUGUCGAUGCUAAUGGCGAUGUACCACUGUGUCUCGUCGCAUGGCAAGACUGCGAGUACAAGAUAAGUGGUCUCACCAAGCUCGCUGAGGCGUCCAUUUGCGGCGUAUUAUAUCCACAUGGUGCAGGCUGGUUCUGCGAAAGAGACACACUCAUCGAUCUCAUCAGCAACUACCACUCCAUUGACUUCAUCGCGGAAGAUGUAAACACGGGUCUAUCGAUGCAGAAGAUGAAGAAGCGCAUUGCUUUCAACGCAACAUGUGUGCUCGAGACCGAAGUUCCAACCACCGUCCUUGGGCCAGGUCUCAACUGGUGGAACCAACGUUACCGCUCGUGGGAGAUGGGUCGCCAUGGUCGUCUUAUCGCUUUCACGGACCGCAUGUUGCUCUCUCUCAAUGGACCGACAACACCAUGGGGUAUAUUCACUCAAAAGUUCAUCCACCUCUACUCCAUCGCUACCAUCGUCGUGGAUUGGGUCCGCGUUCCUGUCUUCGUCACGAUGAGUGGUGAUCCAAACUUCUGGCAACUCGGCCUUCCGCUAAUGCUCGCUGCCAUCCUUCCCAUCCUCGCCUUCAAGUACUUCAACGCGCGACAUCGCCCAGAUCUUCAACCCCGGUUCUGGGCUGCCAUGACCUAUCCAUUGUAUAAGCAGCUGUACAGUCUCGUAUCCAUAUUUGGUGCUAUCCGUGCGGUUAUCUUCUACGCUGGAGGCCACAAGAAACCAAAGACGAUCAAGAACAUGAUCAAGGAUAACGAUCCUAAUGCUGUAUGGCUUGACCCUCGCUUUGAGGGCAAUCCGGCUUACCUCGCCGAUGAGGCCGAGGCUCUUCUCGCUGCCGCGAAGGAAGAUGGCAGCAACAAGGUGCCUACCUCUGUGUACAUAUCUCCGGCUUCUCCGUGA